CAGUGAUGAUGACGAUGCGGGAUCAAAGACGGGGAAUGACGACACAAACAUUCACUUGAAACCUCUGGCUCCAGGGACAUCCAUUAUGAGUUUACAGAACAAAAUGCAAAUUUGCGCUGCUCCCGAUGUUGUUCCCAUGUAAGCAACUAAUAUUCCCAAGUGAAGGAAGAAUUAUGUGUCAGAUAACUUGAGCAAUGUUCUCAUUGUAUAACGAGAUGAUACCAAAGAUUACAGUUGAGCACUGUGAGACAAACCUCCCAGAUUGCUUCAGAAAUACCAGAGAAGUGCCAGGUGUGAUUAGGAGCUAACUCCAAUGGAAUGUCGUCCCCGCAUUCUUCUGCAACUCCGAGGGUACUGUUGACACCUUAAGACAUAUUGACUCUACAACGAAAGAAGUAUUGCAUAAUCCAAAAUAUGAAGAACUAUUUGCCCCAGAAGUUGGACCGGAGAAUCCAUUCCAAACAAGACAACAGAAAGCUCAUAAAAACAUGCUGUCUGGAUUUGUUGAACAAGCAUACAUUAGUGAUUUCCAGUUUGAAAAUCAGCGCCGAACCUUCAACAGCUAUGGCUAUGCAUUGGAUCCUACUGUUGAUGGAGUUACUGGAAAUGGAAAUCAGAUUGUUGGUGCCACUGAAGCAGCCAAAGAAUCUGAUGGGAAGACAGUCUUUGAAACCACCAAGGAACGCCCACUUGACAGAAGGAAAAGAAACAAGAAUGACAACCCUUCUGACAUUGAAGGAUUUCUUGGGCCAUGGGGAGGAUAUACUGAUGAGCAGAGGGUAAUGAGACCUAAUGAGGAAGAAGCAGCUGAAUUGGAAGAAAUACUUGCAAAACGACAGAAGCGAGGGAAGCAAGCAGAUGAGAAGCCCCUUGAGGAGAAAACUGUGUUGCAUAUUAAGGAUCCAGUUGACUAUCAGGGCAGGUCAUUCCUCCAUGCUCCACAGGAUGUUGGUGUUAAUCUUAAAUCAGAUUCACCUCCUGAUCGUUGCUUCUUACCAAAGACUCACAUUCACACAUGGCAAGGACAUACCAAAGGAAUUUCUGCAAUACGUUGGUUUCCAAAAACAGCUCAUCUUUUACUUUCAUGCAGCAUGGAUUGCAGGGUCAAAUUGUGGGAAGUUUAUCAUGAGAGACGAUGUGUUCGAACAUAUUAUGGCCAUCGACAGGCUGUGAGAGAUGUUAGCUUCAAUAAUGAUGGAACACAGUUUCUUUCGGCAGCAUAUGAUCGCUACAUUAAACUGUGGGAUACGGAAUCAGGAAAAUGUAUAUCUCGUUUUACGAGUCGGAAAAUUCCAUAUUGCGCAAAGUUCAACCCAGAUGAUGAUAAACAACAUCUCUUCGUUGCUGGCACUUCUGACAAGAAGAUCAUUUGUUGGGAUAUUCGUUCAGGUGAAAUAGUUCAAGAAUAUGACAGGCAUCUGGGUGCUGUAAAUACUAUAACAUUUGUGGAUGAGAAUCGACGAUUUGUUACGACAUCUGAUGACAAAAGUUUGAGAGUGUGGGAGUGGGAUAUCCCAGUUGACAUGAAGUAUAUUGCUGAUCCCACAAUGCAUUCCAUGCCUGCUGUCACACCAUCACCCAACCAAAAGUGGUUGGCCUGUCAGAGUAUGGACAACAAAAUUGUAAUAUUCUCAUCACUGAACCGUUUCAAGAUGAACAGGAAAAAGACAUUCAGUGGUCAUAUGGUUGCUGGUUAUGCAUGCACUUUGGACUUCUCUCCAGAUAUGAGUUAUCUCAUAUCUGGCGAUGCUGAUGGUAAAUGCUAUGUAUGGGACUGGAAGACAACUAAACUGUACAAGAAGUGGAAGGCUCAUGACAAUGUUUGCAUUGGUGUUCUGUGGCACCCACAUGAGGCAAGCAAAGUUGUGACAGCUGGCUGGGAUGGACUUAUGAAGUAUUGGGACUAAACUGCCUCAUAUUAUCUGUUGAGUGCAGUGUUAAAUAAUGUGAUUUAAGAGAGGAAAAAAACUCAGCAUGAGAUACAGUCAUCCCUUUUCGUUUCCUUUUAAGACUUUUGUAUAAAAGUGAUCUAUGUCAUAUCAUUGACACUGUAGUUGCCCAUAUCUGUCAAGUUGCUGCUACAUCAAGAAAAAAAAUGGUAAUACUCAGACAUAAUGGACUCUUGAAGCAUUGCUAUAAUGUAAAACUUGCCAGGUAUAACACUCAAUUAAAUUUUAUUCUUAUCUGAACAACUGAUGCUGAGCUGUGCAAUGUUUGUUGACAGUAUAAUUGAUACUGUUCAAGAAUUUAUUUAGUGUUAAUAUUUUUGUAAAUAAAUACUGAAAAGCUGUACAAUUCUUCUGCCAACUGUGAACCAUA